UCACUCACAGAAAAUGAAAGCACAGUUUUUCUGGUUUGUCGCUUUUACGAUGCUCUCGGCUCUGCAAGGUGAGGAAGAGGAGCAGCUGGAGCAGAUGAUGGCAGCGGCGGAGUUUGAGGAUGAAGAUUCUCUGGAGUGUUUCAGAUGUGACCUGGGCUUUUGGGACACGUGCUACACCACCAAAACUAACUGCAGCCCCACAGAGCGAUGCUACACGGGCCGUGGGAAGGCAGCGGACGUCCUGGAUGUGAAAAUUCUGGGCUGUGCAAAAGCUGAAGAGUGUAACGUCAUGACAACAGUGGAGCUUUACCCCAAUCAAACCAUCUUUACAAUGACCAAGCACUGCUGUGACACGCCGUUCUGUAACUCAGCCCACACCCUCCCACGAAACUCACUACCACUGUGUGUUGUGGUGCUCCUCCUGUCUUCCUGGUUUCUAAAUGGGGACUCAAUGGGACUGCACUGA